AUACGCAAAAAUAUAUGCUCGUGUAAAAAAAGAUCAAUUACAAAAAUCGAAAGAAAAUUUCCAUUCAUCUAAUUUUGCAGAUACCUUCUAAAAUAAGCUAGUAUUAAACCUAAAUUCGUAGACCUAACUCAAAGUCAAGACAAAAGAGGAGAAACCAAAAGACAGUGAUUUAAUGGGAACCUGCUUCUCUUCAUCAUCAUCAUCAACGUCACGCACAAGGAUGGUAGAUUAUUACUACGACCAGGAUGAAUUAUACGAUUACAACAGAGUUUUCCCACCCUGCGACGUAAACUAUGUCAAUAAUCUGCAUCUCCAAGAAGCUCUGGUUUCUUCUUUGGUCACUUCGAUGGAGGAGGAGAUUAACCAUCAUCCCCAACCCCAAAGGCAUGUUACCUUGCGUAUCAAGCACGAGGAAGAAGAACCGGAGAUAAAAGCAGGGAACGAACCCGUAGAACCAUCUAGCAUGUUAUGUAUGAUAUGUAUGGACGAGAAGUCUCCUUCCGACAUGUUCCGAGGUAACUGCACUCACUUCUAUUGCACCGAGUGCACGGUCCGUUACGUAGAGACCAGGAUAGGAGAAAACGUAGCUGGAAUCAAUUGUCCUGACGUGGAUUGCACUCACCUGAUAGAGCCAAACACAUGUCGAGAUCUGAUUCCAAGGAAUUUGAUGGAGAGAUGGGACAAAGCUUUGUGCGAGUCGUUGUUCAUGUCGUCGGGGAAAGUCUACUGUCCGUUCGAAAGCUGCUCGGCGAUGCUGGUGGUGGAGGGUGGUGAUGAUAAAGUGACGAUGACGGAGUGUCCGUCUUGUCACAGACUGUUUUGCGCUCAGUGUAAAGUGACAUGGCACGAAGGGAUUGGGUGCAAGGAGUUUCAGAGAGUUGGUAAGACUAAGAAGAAGUGUCGCGUAAUUUUGAAUGGAAUAUUAAACAUAGCCAAACGGAAAGAAAAGAAGAAGAAUGUUGAUAAAUUGUUGAUUCAGUUGGCUAAGAAGAAGCAGUGGAGGAGGUGUCCUAGUUGCAACUUCUACGUUGAGAAACUCGUUGGUUGUAUGCAUAUAAGUUGCAGGUCAGUCACCUUCAUCGCCAUCAAAUCAUUAUAUUAUGCAUGUUUUUAAUUUGUUUAUUAUUCUGCUCAUUGGAUUAUUUUUGUAGGUGUGGUUUUGAGUUUUGCUAUGGUUGUGGAUCAAAGUGGGGUUAUCGUCACUCAUGCCUAAGUACUCGGCAGUACUCCAUGCGUAGCUUCUUCAAUUCGUUUCUAGCAAAUUCACGAUCAUUUGAAUAUUUUUAUUGAUUAUUAUGCAUAUUUCCAAAUUCCAACUGAUAUUCAAGUGUAACCUAAACAAAACAGCGCACAACUUUUCAGUAUACUACUAUCCUUUGAAAUAAAUAUCAUGAAAAUGCAAACUUGUUUUCACCAUUACUUUAACCAUUUUUUUACACAUGAAACCAAUAAUGAAAAAUAAAAGAAAAUCACACAAGGAAACAUAAUUAUAAAGAACAGCAAAGCAGAGAAACUAUUUACAGACACAAUUUAUGUGCAUUGCAUAGUAACUUAUUUGGUGAAGCCUCCUCCUUCAUUAGCUGUUAACUUGCGAUCUUCUUUCUAACACUUCCACGGAGGCUUAACGAAUAAAUA